AUGGCACUUUCCAUCAUUUCUAUUUCUCUUCUCCUCUUCAACCUCGUAUCAGGCCAGGCACCUGGUAAGGGGGCAGACAACCACCCCAAGCUUGAGACUUUUAGAUGCACCGUCGACAAUGGGUGCCAGAAGAAGACGAACUACAUUGUAGCUGACUCAAGCCAGCAUGAAAUCACAACGUCCAGCGGAGUGAGCUGUGAUACCGGUGACAACCCGCCUAACUCCACCGCAUGCACAACUCCGGAAGAUUGUGCAAGCAACUGUGUAAUCAAUGCGAUCUCUGACUACAACGCCGUUGCUGUCACCACAAGCGGCACCGACAUCCGUAUGAAGAUAUUCAACGAUAGCGGCACAGAGAUUAAGCCACGAGUCUACCUGUUGGAAGAAAACAAGGAGCGGUACGAGAUGAUCUAUCUGACCGGCGCCGAAUUUACUUUCGAUGUCGACAUGACAAAGCUGCCCUGCGGUUUGAAUGCUGCGCUCUACCUGUCCGAGAUGCCGCCCGAUGGCGGAAAGAGCAGUAACAGUCUCAACAAGCUUGGCCCAGCCUGGGGUACUGGUUACUGUGAUGCACAGUGCUUCAAGACCUCAUUCAUUAACGGAGUUGGUAACUUCGAUGGAAAGGGCUCUUGCUGCAACGAACUCGACAUUUGGGAGGCCAACGCUCGUGCGACACACAUCGCACCUCAUCCUUGCAGCCAGCCAGGGCUCUACGAGUGCGUCGGCGAGGAAUGCGAAAAGGCAGGCGUGUGCGACAAGGCCGGUUGCUCUUGGAAUCCGAACGUCAUAAACGCCACCCACUAUUAUGGCACAGGCGACAACUUCAAUGUAGACACGACCCGCAACUUCACUGUCGUCACACAAUUUCCCUCCGAGAAUGGCAAGCUCAAGGAGCUCCGCCGCAUGUAUGUUCAGGAUGGGAAGGUCAUCCAGAACAAUGUUGUCAACAUCGAGGGGCCUCCGAAGAUCGACUUCAUGAAUGACGAUUAUUGCCAAGCUACCGGAGCUACGGAAUUCUCUCGCCUAGGUGGUAUGGAAGUCAUGGGUGAUGCUAUGACCCGCGGCAUGGUUUUGGCAUUGAGUGUGUGGUGGGACAAGGUUACGUUCAUGCAGUGGCUCGAUGUGGGAAACAACGGACCCUGCAAUGUUACUGAGGGUAACCCAGUGGUGGCUAGAAAAAUUGUGUCCAAUCCCGAGGUGACUUUUAGCAACAUCCGCUACGGAGAAAUCAACUCGACGUUGAACAUGAAGUUGUAG